AUUGCUUGUACUCCGGCUGUUCCAAUGAGCGACGACGAGCUUGUGGCGGCUAGUGCGGCUUUUAGUGUAAUUUAUUGUUUAUUAAAUAAACAAAAAACAAAAAUGAGAAAGAAGAGACGGUGGUGGGUUACGUCGUUAUUUAAAAGUCGAAGCAAAUGCAGUGGAAGCAAUUUACUUAGCGACCUUAAUAUUGAAAACCUCCACUUUCAUACAUUCUGUAGAAUGGCGCCUACUAAUUUUGAGGAAAUCAUAAUUUUAAUCGGCCCAAAAAUUAUGAAGAAAAACACAACAUUUCGAAAAGCAAUUCCUGUAAAAGAACGAUUAGCUGUAACACUAAGAUAUUUAGCAUCGGGUGAUUCGUACACUAGCUUAAGCUUUUUGUUUAAGUUUUCCAAGCAGUCAAUUUCGCUGAUUGUGCCAGAGGUAUGCAGUGCUUUAUGUGAAGUUUUUCAAGAUUUUAUAAAGAUGCCUCAAACAGAGAAUGAGUGGCUUCAAGUAGCAGCUCAAUAUGAAAGACUAUGGAACUUCCCACAUUGCAUGGGGGCAAUGGAUGGCAAACACGUUGUUCUUCAGUGUCCAGUAAAUACAGGCAGUGACUAUUUUAAUUACAAAGGAACUUUUAGUAUUGUUCUUUUUGCUGUUGUUGAUGCCGAUUAUUGUUUUCUCUACGCUGACGUGGGCUGUCAAGGUCGAAUAUCAGAGGGCGGUGUUUUUCGCAAUACAACCUUUUACAAAAAACUGGAGGAUGGCUCUUUAAAUCUUCCAAGUAGUAGAAAACUUCCUGGUAGGGAAAUGUUGGUCCCGUAUGUUUUUGUUGCGGAUGAUGCAUUUCCGUUGCAUAAUAAUAUAAUGAAGCCAUACUUAGGACAGCAAGAAAAGGGAUCAAGCAAAAGGGUUUUUAAUUACAGGAUGAGAAACCCUUACUUUUGGAGCCCCAAAAAGCUCAAGUAA